AACUUCCUUCAGGUUCACGGGUUCCGGGUUACAGGUGAACCGCGUGGUUCUGAACUUUCUUCUCUCCUGACUACCACCAACCUUGACCGGCGUCGAAUCUGUCCACCCUCUUCUAGCUGCUCGGCGAAUUUCCGAUUGCCCUUUCUCGGUUCUUCUGCGAUCGAUUUGAAUCGGAGAAGAGAAUUGAAGGAAAGGAGAAGGAAAAAUGUGGGUAUUUUAUUUGAUAUCUUUGCCGCUAACCCUUGGCAUGGUCAUGGUGACGCUAGGGUAUUUCGCGGGGCCAGAUGUCCCACGUUACGUCCUCUUCACCGUCGGAUACACCUGGUUCUGCUCUCUCUCCUUCAUUAUCCUUGUCCCUGCCGAUAUCUGGACGACAAUGGCCCGGCAAGAUAAGGCAGGAAUCACUUUCUUCUGGAGCUGGUCAUAUUGGAGUACCUUUGCACUGACGUGGGCUGUGGUUCCUGCUAUUCAGGGUUAUGAAGAUGCUGGAGAUUUCACUAUGAAAGAAAGAUUAAAAACAAGUUUUCAUGUGAAUCUGGUCUUUUAUCUGAUCGUUGGAUCAAUCGGCCUUCUUGGACUCUUACUAUUGAUCAUCAUGCAUGGAAAUUGGAGUGUAGACUUUGUAGCCUUAGCCAUGGCUUGCUCAAAUACUUUUGGGCUUGUGACUGGUGCAUUUCUUCUUGGUUUUGGAUUGAGUGAAAUACCGAAGAGCAUCUGGAGGAAUGCUGAUUGGGGCAAUCGCCAAAAAUUCCUUUCUCACAGGGUUGCAAAAAUGGCUGUGAAAUUAGAUGACGCUCAUAAGGAAUUUUCAAAUGCAAUUGUGGUUGCGCAAGCCACAUCCAAACAAAUGUCCAAGAGGGAUCCUUUGAGACCUUAUAUGAAUGUUAUUGAUAACAUGCUGGUCCAAAUGUUUCGGGAAGAUCCAUCUUUCAAGCCUUCAGGAGGUAGAUUGGGAGAAAAUGAUAUGGAUUAUGAUACUGAUGAAAAAACAAUGGCCACGUUAAGGCGCCAGCUAAAGAGAGCUCACGAGGAGUAUUAUAGAUACAAGAGUGAAUAUCUGACUUAUGUUAUGGAGGCCCUUGAGUUGGAAGACACUAUAAAGAAUUUUGACUGCCGUGAUUCUACUGGAUGCUUUAUGCUUUUACAGAUAGCUGCAUUUGUUCCUCUUAUGUAUAUGUGUAUUUGCACGUACUAUUCGUUGUUCAAGAUUGGAAUGCUCAUGUUUUAUUCAUUUACACCGAGACAAACAAGCUCAGUGAGCUUGCUUAUGAUUUGUUCAAUGGUUGCACGUUAUGCACCUCCAAUUUCUUAUAAUUUUCUGAAUCUCAUACGUCUUGAUGGUGAUGACAAAACUGUUUUUGAAAAGAGAAUGGGCAAUAUUGAUGAUGCGGUCCCUUUUUUUGGUAAAGGUUUUAAUAACAUAUAUCCUCUUAUUAUGGUUAUUUAUACGGCUCUGGUUGCUAGCAACUUCUUUGGUCGAGUGAUUGACUUGUUUGGGAGCUGGAAAAUGUUUAAGAUUCAGAAUGAAGAAGCUGACAUGAAUGGGUUUGAUUCAUCUGGGAUUAUUAUCCUACAAAAAGAGCGUUCCUGGCUUGAACAAGGUCAUAAACUUGGGGAGCAAGUUAUACCAUUAGCAAGAAAUUUCAAUAACAUGAGCGUGGAUCUCGAAUCUAGCAUGUCGCAGGAUAAGGGCACUACGGAGAGGACAGGUACUGGAAGACUCUCCAAGGAAGACACCAAACGAAAUCUAACAACUCAGAAAGAAAAGAAUGAAUUAUAUAGUCGAGAGGCUUUGGCCAAUAAAUAUGCAGCACUAAGGGAAAAGCUGGGCAGGCCUUCAUCCUUUGCAAGAUCAUCAAAAGAGAAGGGCGUGCCAUCAACUUCAGUCUCAUUACUCCACCCCGAUAAUAACCAAAACCAUUCUGAUGGAAACGCAGUUGCUUCAGGACUUUCCUCUAAGUGGGCAUCAAUGAAAUCUGGGCUUCAAAACUUUAAAGCAAAUAUAGAAGCCAAGAAAUUCUUUCCCCUACGACAUAUUCAGCAAAGUUCGCUUCAUUCCCAAACCUCCUCGUCUGAGUUCCUAGAUGAAGUAUUUCGGAGGCUCAAACAGAGUCCAAGUAGAGACCAGAAUGGUGAUUUUAGCUAUGAAGAUGGUGAUGGUUUGGAUAUUAUAGGUUCUGGGCCUAGCAGAUAGUACUUCAUUACUUCGCAUGUCCUUGUAACCAGUUUCAUCAAUCAGAUUGAAUUUGAGCAGAUUCAGCAAGAGUGACUACAGCGCUUUACUCGCAAUGAUCUUAGAAACGAUCAGAAUGUUCUCACAUAUGCUAAAUGACCGUAACUACAAAGUUUUAAGGCAAAGAGCUUGAAAUUUCUGGCGAAAAGAAUGUCAAUCUAUGUAUUUAACAUCAUCGGGCUUUUUUUUUUCUUGUUUAGAUUGCUGAGGGAGACAUUAUCGAUUGUAAGGUCGUCUUAAAUCACUAAAUAUUUUGAUAUA